AUGUCGCAAGACACGGGUCUCUUCUCCGUGCGACGGCCGAGAGAGACUCUCGGAGGCAUCAGCUAUAAUUCGAGUAUCCCACAGCCAGCUUCGACCAUGAAGCGCUCCAACUCUAUAUCAGGAGUGAACAAUGCGCCUUUUACUGCGAGCCAUGUGCGCUCCAUUUCCGGAUCUCGCGCGUCCCUAGCCCCACCUCGCCCGAACCAACCUCUUUUCCAACGAUCUUCCUCAGGAACAAAUCUGGCAGAAGCGGGCAUGUCAUCUGUCAAGCGCACCUCGUUCCAGAAUAACAGUGGACGCAAGAGCUAUGCGCCGGGUGGGAUGGGGCGCCCUUCAGGAGAAGGGUCGGAGCGAAGAAGCAGUGUGUACAGAUCGCGGACCUCAACAACGGGCCCUAUGGGCCACCAGAGCUUUUUCCAGCAGGCUCCACAGCCGGCUGGUGUCCCCAGAGAUCCACGACCAUUGAAAGACCGUACAUACCAAACAAGAAUUGGACAGGAGCUGUUGGAUUACCUUGCAGCUAAUAACUUUGAGAUGGAAAUGAAAUAUAGUCUCAAGCAGGAUAUAAUCAAGUCGCCAACUCAAAAGGACUUCAACAUGAUAUUCCAGUGGCUCUAUCAUCGAAUCGAUCCAAGCUAUCGGUUUCAGAAAAAUAUUGACCAGGAAGUCCCACCAAUUCUGGCCCAGCUUCGGUAUCCAUACCACAAAAGCAUUACCAAGAGCUCGCUCUCCGCCGUUGGAUCACAGAAUUCAUGGCACCUUUUUCUUGGUCUAUUGCAUUGGAUGAUGCAACUGUCUCAGAUGUUAGACGCCUAUGGAGCAGGUCAAUACGAUGAUGCGUGCGCUGAAACUGGCGUAGAUGUUAGUGGUGACAGAAUCAUUUUUGACUUUCUCAGCAGCGCAUAUCGAGACUGGUUAUCCAUGGACGAAGACGCUGGGGAUGAUGAUCAGGAUCGAGUUCUCGCUCCUCACGUCGAAGCUAUGGCAAGAGAAUUUGAUAGGUCCAAUUCCAAGUAUUUGGACGAGAUGCAAAUCCUCGAGGCUGAGCAUCAACGCCUUCAAAAGGAGAUCGAGAACCUUGAGAAAUCAGGAGCGGAUGUCGCUACUCUCGACCGGCAUUUCAAGAUCAUGGAAGAAGACAAAGUCAAGUUCGAGGAAUUCGAUAAUCGUAUGGUCCAGAAGUCAGAGAAGUACGAGGCCCGCAUCCAAUUCUUGCAGGAGGAGCUCGACAAGGUCAUGCUAGAGUUAAAGGAGGCGGAUGAUGAGCGAUCGAAUUUGCAAAGGGCCGUCGAUGAGCAAGGGAUCAGCAUGGCAGAUAUCGAUCGAAUGACUUCGGAAAGAGAACGUCUCCAAAAAGGGAUCGAGUCGACUUCUCAGAGGCUGGAUGAGGUGAAAAAGAAGGUUGCUGAGAAGGAGGUAGAGGCCAGUCGCAAGUUGGAUGAGUUGGAGCAUAUGGUCGACAAAUACAACAGCCUAGGAUAUCAGAUAGGCCUCAUUCCAUCGACAGCACCAAACGCGAGAGGCAAGAAUUACGAGUUACAAGUAAUUGUCAAUGACGGACCGAAUUUCUCCUCGUCGCAAAUGGGUGCCUCUAACUCGGGCGGCAACGCGGACAGUGAUAGACUGCUGGCAGACCCUGUUACUGGCUAUCAACCAGCACAUAUCCUGAGCCUGGAUCUUCGGGGUCAGGUCAAGGCCAGUUUCCUUGGUCUACGAAAAGAGAUCUCAGAGCGACGGACUGUCGCCAUGGACGAGAUGAUGAAGCACCAUGAUCUGCUGGAUGGUAUCAAGGAAGCUAUCGAGGAUAAGCGUGGGGAGGUCGAGGCUCUUGAGCACCGUGUUAGAGCUGCCGAAGCUGAAUAUGAAAAGACGAAAGAGGUAACCACCACUCAAAAGCUGGCUUCUGAUACCCAGAUCGAGAAGAUGGAGAAGGAAUUAGCCAAGAUGCGAGCUGGUCUCACAGAGUCUGUGCAACUAAUGGAACAGCGCGAGAUGAACACAAAUAUUGAAUACGAACAACUUACACUCCGUGCAAAUUCUCUCCGGGAAGAAUUGCACACGGAAAUUGAGAAGAUGCUUAAUGAUAUCAUCAAGUUCAAGGUCCACAUUCAGAAGAACCUCGAGGACUACGAGGGCUUCGUUGUAGACGAGGUAGAGCACGAGUUGGGGGGUGACGACGAGGCAAGAGAUGAUACCCAAGAUGUGGAGAUGAGAUGA